UCUCCCGGUUUUCUCUACCCUCUAGCGGCACAACGGUGUACUGCUGUACAUGUGUGUAGACAUUGCAGUUACGGUGUAGUACAGUAACGGGUUUGUUUUGGUGUUUAUUCUGUGUGAUCAACUCUUCGGGAUAGUACAUUAUCUCGGAAAGCCACGAUCGCUAAACAACGUAACACAUUUAUUAAAAUGUAACCCAAAAGUGAUUCGAACGAAAAAAAUACUUGAGUGAAGAGAUUAAUUGUUGUAUCAACAUUUUACAGCGAAAGUGGAGGUUGCUCGCUAUUUUCUACUUCAAGGAUCUACUUCGCUGAGAUUAGAGACUUUUGGGGAACAACACAUUGGAAGCAAGUUACAGUGACGUCACAUAGGUUUUCUCAGUAAAAACAAUGUUGAAUUUAGUUUGACUUGGUCGACAAAAUAUAACCAACAAGCUAACGUAGCUAGUGGGUGUGCUAAACAGUUUUGAAUGUCCAGGAUCUGACAGGUUGAGGUUGAAGUGGUUGUUGACUUUCUCAAUUUAACAUGGGAGAAUGAAAUUCUAUCAUGGGGACAUUGAACGCUUUACAAGAAUGGUGUGGCAUAAAAUGCGAAAAUUACCCCAAUGUGGAGAUAAGGACCAUGUCUUCUUCAUUCAGAGAUGGAUUGGCGUUUUGUGCUAUUAUCCAUAAACACCGACCUGAUUUGAUAGACUUCAACUCCCUCUCCAAAGAAUGUUUAUGAAAACAACCAUCUGGCAUUUGAGGUCGCACAGUCAAAGCUGGGCAUCCCUGCAUUGCUGGAUGCUAAGGACAUGGUGUCCACAGAGGUGCCAGACCGGCUAAGUGUCAUCACUUACCUCUCCCAUUACCACCACUGCUUCAACAAGAAGUCUCAUGCCGGUCCAGCCAGUUUGAAGACGCCAUAUGUCGCAGAGUGCUCCAGUCACUCCCAGACACAACCUGACUCUCUUGGAGGUCUGCAGCCUGCCAAGUCAAGGACAGAGGAGCCAUCCAACAGUGGCAGGCCAUGCAGCGUUUGUGCCUCCUGCAUGAAGCACGUUCACCUGGUGCAGAGACAUCUCACUGAGGGGAAACUCUACCACCGCAGCUGCUUCAGAUGCAGUGUGUGCAGCAGCACUCUCUUACCAGGGUCUUACAAAGAGGGGAGUGCAGUUGGCUCCUUGGUCUGCACCCACCACUUGACAGCCAGUCAAAAUGCCCUCCCCGAAUACAGUAAACAAACUGGAUCAUUAGAGAAUCUGCCCAAAUUAGAUGAGCAGGAGGUGACACUAUCUCAAGGUGGAUUUACAGACAACCCCUGAUCUCUCUGAUUUUAUUAGAAAAACAGACUCAGGUGAGACAGUUAUUUCUGGAAGAGGAGAGACAGAGACAGAGGGAGGUGAGAGAAAGACAAGGCAUGACACACUUAAGAAGCCAAGGCCACCCUGUCCUCCAAAGCCCACUGUAGAAGAGGGAAAGCUUGAAGAAGCAGGGACACGGCCCAUUCAGACAACAGAAACUGUCACUGUAACACCAGACAGCGGUUCGGCUUCUGCAAGCCCUGGACGGCCAGUUCCUGCACCCAGGCGGGUGUUAGACUCUACCCCUCCUCGUCCUGCACCCAGAACCCGUCCACCUAAAGCCAUGGACAGCCCCCUUGUUUCUGGUUACACAGUUGAUAAUAAAACUUUACCCAAUCCUUCUCGGAGGUUUGGCCAACCCAGUGGGCCCUGUAAACCCAAAGACCCACCGUGGCUGGAGCUUGUCCUGCCAGGGCCCUGGCCAAAGCUGCCCCCUGCCCCGCCCCCUAGUAUGCCCAAGCCCCCACGCUCAGGCUCUAUAACCUCCCUCAGAGGCAGUUGGUACAGAGCGAGAGAACCCCCUCCCAACCCCUUUGGGGAGUUUGAGGAUGAGGAGGCUGAUGAUGAUUACACUGGGGAAGAGAACACAAUGAGUGGUGCUGAAGGCCAAGCACAGCCCUCAAUGGUAACCAGCCAGACAUGGUGUGGUACCAGUCAGUUAGCUAAAGUAGCCAGCUCACAUUGCCAAGCUCAUUUAGAGGACACAUCCAGAGAAGUUGACAAGUCUAGUAUUGCUGGAGCGGAUGACGCAGUAAAUUUCCCUGAAAUUGCUAAUGCACCAAAUGUAGAAAGUUUAGCUGAAGCAGGAUGCUCACUUGCUGUAUCUAAUUUAGCAGAAGUUCAAGCAAUUGUUCAAUUGCUAUAUCUGAGUCAGCUGAUGUUGGUGUGAUAGCUAACAUGGCUGAAGCAGCUGGCACACUUGAUGUAUGUAAUUUAGCAGAUGUUGGAGUUGGAGAAUCAACCAACUUGUCCAAAGCAGCUAGUUCACUUGGUUUGUCUAAUUUGACUGAAGCUAAAACCACAAGUUCAUCUUACUUGGCUGAGGCUGCUAGUUCCCUUGAUGUAUCUAAUCUAGCUGAAGUAGCCAGAUCACACAGUGUAUUUGGUCUAGCUGGAGCUAGUGGGUUAGGCGGUUUAGUUGGAGCAAUUAGUGCACCUAACAUAUCUAAUUUAACUGAAGAAGCUAGUUCAUAUGGUGUUUCUGAAGCUUCUGCCGGUUCACUUAGUGUGUCUAAUUUAGCUGGAGCUGAUAGCAUAUGCAGUGUAACUGGAGCACCAAGUGCUCUUGGCAAAUCAGAUGUAGCCCAGAGCCUCUCUUUGCCCAAAAGUGUGUCUGUGCCAGCAAUCUCCACUAGUUCAGCCUGUACUCGAAGCCACCCCCCACCAACCUUGUCAACCAAUGGAGCAGCAGCCAGUCCCUCCCUGCUCAGACCCCCAUCGCUCCCUAGUGUGUCUGAAGUGAGGGACUCUGGCCAGGUGCCCACCCCCUCUCACAGUAAGGUAUAAUGCUGCUCUUUAUAUCUCCACUGAUAUCUAUGUCACAGCUCAACCUGCCCAAAAUACAGGACAUAUAAGCUUGUAUUACACAACACAUAUAUGCAAAGAUAUCAGGUUAAGUGAGUUUCAGACUGAAACUAUUUUCCAACAUGUUAACAUAAAAGACAACAUGUUUUUCUAAGAUUCCUGCAUAACAACAUCGUCCCUAUACUGUAGGUUAUAGCCUACUCCAGAUAGCUGCUUGGACUGUGUGUGCUUGAAUAUUACAAUUGUGGAUUUCACAGAAAUGUCUUCAAUCUCCAAUUUAGCAGGUAUGUAAGGAGAACCCUUUUAAUCGUAAAGUCUCCCCCUCUGAGUUCCCCAAAUCCAAGCCUGCCCCUGGACAUGGCUUUCCCCUCAUCAAGAGGAAGGUGAGAGGAUAUCUCAGUGUAAUGGAAUUAACCCAUUAUCCAGUGUUUUCUCCCAAUCAGAACAGUCCCCUAGUACACAUGCAUGUCUCCUGAGGUGCAGACAGACACCUAUGUCUCAGUGGAGGAGCUGCAGGUGGAGCUGGGGGAGCUGGAGAAACGAAUGGACAGGCUGGAGCUGAGAGGGGUGGAGAUGGAGAGAAGCUUGAGAGACUGCCAGAAUGGAGAGUACCAGGAAGAGGAGGACAUGUUGGUGGACUGGUUCACUCUAAUACAUGAGAAACACAUGCUUGUGCGCAGGGACGCAGAGCUGGUAUACAUGGCCAAGCAACAGAAUUUAGAGGAGAGACAGGCAGACGUGGAAUAUGAACUGAGAUGUCUCCUCAACAAAGUGGAGUGUGAGUGGAGUAAGGAUGACCGUUAUAGGGACCAGCAGUUGAUGGAGGAGCUUGUCACCAUCAUUGAACAGGGGAACCACAUCAUCAACAGCUUGGAUCAGGACAGGCAAAGGGAAGAAGAAGAAGAUGCUCUGUUUUCCAUGAUCAAGAAGAAAGAUUUAAAAAAAGAGUCUCGGGAAAGACCUGAAGACGUUAAGAGCAAAGUUCAAGCCCAUGAAGAUGCUGAAGAUCCUGAGUCAUAAAGACUCUAAGAGCAAAGGCUCUCUAAAGAAGAAGAACUGAGUUGGACUCGGGCUCACCCUAUAAGGAAGGAACAAAUAGGUCUAUAUUUGUUAACAAAUACACAUUGAGCCACAAUGUAAUGUCUCAUAAUUGUACAAAUAAAUUAAUGAAGAUUACGGGUAAGAGAUGAAGACUCUUGGACUGUGGAUGAGAGUGGUUAAGAAUUAAGAGAAGCCUCUGAUGCAGAGUAUAUGGAUUUUCUUCCCAAGUGAAACAAACUAUCCCCAUUAUACCUCCCCAUUACACUGCACUUUUUGCACAAGAUGUGAUUGCUCCUGCAUUCCGUAAAGCCGUAGUCAGCCUACGAUGAGUUGCAGCAUAGAAUCAUUCACUAAUGGGAUUUAUUUUUGCAGUUCAACUUUGUUAAAUUAUAUUUAAUAAAACAUUGUACUUUGUAUGAACAGAA